GAUUGUAUACUACGCGUACGCAUAGCACGACAUGUUGUUUUUAAAUAGGCAGGGUCUUCUUGCGCAGCGACGACAGUAAGUUCGUUCACCACGGUUUAGGAUUUUAUUAGUCUGUGGAAUGUCUUACAGGUAAGUAGAAGUACGCAAAUGCAUGUGGAAGAUCAGGAUUCCUUGUUGUAGCACAGCUCUGGCUUGUUCAGUUCUUUCAAUUAAAAAAUCGUCCUGCCUUUUUCUGUGCUUCUACAAGACUUUUAAGGAUUUAUACGACUCAGCUAGUAUUUGUGUUUUUACAUACUGACGGGAAACCGUACCGAAUAAAAAUAAAGAUGCCCCGCGUUCCGGAUCGUGACAUCCGUAGCCUGUCGUGCUACCAGAACACCAAGGAGCUGCGGCUCUUCACUAUUUUCGGCCUGCAGAGUCCGCAAGGGAAAAAACUGAAUGGCGAAGUUUGCCGCGUGCUCGGCUUCGAGGAAGGACCUUCCGGCGAAAAACGCUUGAAGUGCGACAUUGCCAUCGACCGGAAACCCGCAACGCCGCAGAAGCACUCAACUUCUGCCUCGUCAACAGCUCCUGCAAGCACAAACGCCGCAAGUGAUUCGACCGCGACGUCGGGAAACAAAAAGAAAAACAGCAAAUCGAAAGACAAAAAGCAGUCGACCACCACACAAAAUGAUGAUCCGCCCUCAAGAACGUCAAACGCGAAGCCCACAAGUGGAGGUGCAGAAACAGAAAGAACAAAGAACAACACCGACGAGGACGAUGAAGAUCCCAGCGCCACCAGCACCAGCCUGUUCUAUUACUUCUCAGUCGCCAAAGAGGGCCCGCACCGGAAAAUGUUGAAGAUAGAAAAUUUAGCCCCCGCGCACCCCGUGAACCACCUGGAAUUUUUGACCGAGCAGUACGACGUGUACGUCUGUCUCGCGGAUUUUUUCUCUUUUCUCGGUGACCAGAAGACCUUCACCGGGGAGCGGCUCGUGAAAAUGCUGGCGACGCCCAAGUGGUGCGACUGCGGCAAAAACUUGAGCUUUUUCUGCGAAAAGUCCCUCGGCAACUACAAGUUCCGGGAUGAGUCGUCCGUAUCGUCUUCCGCCGCCACGGCCGCGGACCCUGGUGCGACGUUUUUCGAGGACAAGACUGCGAGCGAGAUCGCGGGCGAAAUCGCUUCGGAUUUGCUGAUUGAUAACAACAAGCCCGUUUUCGUCCUCUCUCCGACCUACCUCGACAGAUACAUCGGGCCCGACGCGCCACUGCUCAGUCCGCAAAGGUGCACCCGGGCGAAGAAAUUGCUCCUCGAAGUAGAAGAGCUUUUGUCCCCAUCCGCACUGCCAACAGGAGCUGCUGCUGGCAAUAAAGCUGCGUCUAGAACAAGUACUGAUCCGAGCAAACCCGCCACGUUUCGGCGGUACGAAGCGAAUUGGUUUAAUUUGAGCCUGACCCGCCCGGAUUUGUUUGACUUGUACGUCGUUCGGGAAGGGGCGCUGUUGGACAAAAAGUUGAUAACUCUAUUCGACGAAGAGGGGCUGCGGCUGUGGUAUGACUACGCCGAGGAAUUUGUUAGGAAGGAGCAGGGGGAGAAGGGGCUGAAGCUUCUUUACGAGGACUGUCUGCCAGAUCAAGACCCAAACAUCGACCUGGCACUGGAACUUGAUCAUGACAACGCAUCAUCAUCACCAUCUCCAUCUGCUGCAGCGUCGUCUUCUUCAGCUACGGGUAGAAGUGCUGCAGCUGCUGGUGGUGCGACAGGAGGAGAACAAGAGGGCGCGGAGAUUGUAGCCGCUGAGGACAAGAAGCAGGGCGGAAAAACCACAAGGACAGCCACCACCGGCAACAAGAAAAACCCGUCCUCGAAGAUCGCCGGCACCCUGGGCGAGAAGAUCGUGACGCUGGCGAAGAAGUUGACGAUCAGAGAGAUUGUGACCGACUACGACCUCGCCGGAUUCUCCUACUCCUACACAGGCUGGGCGCGGAGCAUUGGCGAAGUCUCUCCCCACGAUCCGGUGUCGCGCGUGCGACCCCGGGUGGAGUAUGGCGCGAAGGAGUACGCUCCGAAGGGACGUUACCCGCCGGGCAUCUGGAUGUGCGGCGCGCUGCUCGGCUACCCGUUUAUCAGCUCGCUCUUCUUGACGCUCCUCCCCAGUGCCGGCAUGUUUGACAUCUCGCGGACGCAGAGAAGCACGUUUCUGCACGGGUUGUGGCGGCGACCGCACGGCAAAAUGUCGGCGAUCAUGGAGAUCGGAGUGUCGGAAAUUGCGGAGAUUGAAACAUUGCCGAUGGAACAGAGGUAUCCUGCGCAAAAGUUCGUGCAAAACAAUCGCUCAAAUUUGCAUAAAUGUUAUUGGUCGUCAGAUCAAAAUUGCCUAUGAAAAUUGGUCGCAAGUUUACUUCCUCACUUAAUACCCGACUACGUAACAAGAAAAAGAAAGCUGCGUAGUUUUUGUUUUUCUUGAAAGAAGAUGAUGGCAUCACAAGAUGGAGGGGAGGAGUAUUUGAACAACUUAUUUAACCUGCUACAUCAUCACGUUAUAAGAUAAGCGAUGUUGCUCCUUGGACUUUUGCAAUGCAUAAGCAAAUGGAGAAGAUGGCGCAGAUUGCGCAUGAUUCCGAUCCUAACGCCAGGCCGAUGAAAUUUGAGUUUUUGCGGCUGGACGAGCCGUUCGCGAAAGUGAUGGAGGGCGCGUUUCAGACGGUGACGGAGAGCCUAGCCUCUAGUGCGAAAGGAGAGAAAGCACCGGCUGAUCCGGAGGAGGACGAGGAGGUGGAUUGACAAAAGACUUGACUUGUGGUUGUAUUUGAUGGGGUAGCAGGAGAGGCGGGAGCAAGUAAGUAUUCGCUUGUGUGAAGAAGAAAACCACUUGCACCUGCAGCUUGUACCGCUUUCUCGAGGAAGACAUCGUGAGCUGCGGGCGGUCGAAGUGGACCUCCGACGAAGUAGUCCAGCCACUCAGUGCUACUGCUAGCUUGCAGGCCAUUGUCUUCCAAUCAGGACGGCCGCGCAGGAAGAAAGCCAAGCAGUACACGCUCGAAGUACCAGCCUUAUUUCAUCAGGAGGCUUUGAAGAUACAUAAUACCACGGCGCGCUUGUACGAUUUUUCGACUUACUAUUCUUGUUGUUCCAAGAAGAAAUAAGCUUGGCCAUCACGACGGAGGCGAGGCUUUAUCUUCGGGAAGCUCAAAUAAGCGAGUAGCGUACGUUACUUUUUCAUUUUUGAUUUUGGUGCAGUUGCGAGGAACGCCAUUCGCAUUCGGUGCUCGAAGCUACAUCGCAGAAAGCUGAUGUGCAGUGCCAGUGCGGCGGUUUCGCACUCGACACGAGCGCAGCUGUGACGCGUUAUGAUACUAAAGGGUUUUCGUCCAGCACAACGCCCGGCCGCUGCAGUGCCUGUGGGUGUAGUUGGUUCCGCCCCUGAAUAAAGAUUGACGCUUGC